AUGUAUCAGGCAGGUAAAAAACAGCAGAUGGGCUUCAGGCUCUCUGAGUCUGACAAAAUUGAAGAAAUCGAAGAACUGAAAAAGCUUGUCUGCGAGAGUAACGGCGAAGCUGAGAUUGUCAAGGCUGGAACUCUUACAGCACUCAUCGAAAACUUGACUCGCCAUGACAGGCUUGACGCCUCCUUCAACCGGAUAUUCCUCACCACAUACGAAUACUUCACAUCAACGCCAGCGUUGAUUGAUCUCCUGAUCCGGCGGUUUGCCUGCCCACCACCCGUCACUUUUAACCCAACUCAGGUGACAGAAUGGUCAAAUGGAACGAAGCCUUUGGUUCAAGUCCGCGUGAUCAACAUUUUGAAACAGUGGCUGGAGCAUUUCUGGACCGGCCCGGAAGGUCCUAAUGACCCAAAUUUGCUAAAGCUGCAGGCUUUUGCGAAUGGUGCUGUCACAGAGACAAGUGCGGCGCAACAACUUGCUGAGCUUGUCCAACGCCGACUUGCGGGUCUCGACUCGAAAAGAUCUCAUCCAUCCACUCCAAAGCCACCGAAACCGAUCUUGCCUCGAAAGCUAAACAAACUCGAGUUCAUCAAAAUUGACGCUAAAGAAAUUGCGCGCCAGUUAACUAUUAUGGAAGCGUGCAUGUUCAGCAAACUCCAGACAUGGCACCUGGUCAAUGUGGCCACUGAAUGUUAUAAUCUGCGAAACUACUCCGCGGUGAUAUCCAUUUUGUCAGGACUGGAAAGCGCCCCAAUCUACCGACUUGCCCGCACAUGGGCAAUGGUUACUCAACGUAGCUGCGAUGCUCUUAGGCCUUUACAAGCCAUGGUCUCAAGCGCACAGAAUUAUAAUGCCUACCGUGAAACGUUACGGAUGACGGUCCCACCAUGUAUACCCUUCCUUGGUCUUUUCCUAAAGGAUCUCACUUUCAUUGAAGAUGGAAACCCAUCUGUUACACAAGAAGGCCUCAUCAAUUUCCACAAAUGUACCAUGCUUGCAUCAAGUGUUCAUGAAAUCCGGCGUUUUCAACAAGCUCCCUACUGUCUACAGAUGGUUCCGGAGAUACAGGAGUAUUUAGUUACCCAAUUGCAAUCUGCGCCUGAUGUACACGACAUCCGACACGCCCACCUUGUGAACUUCCGCCUCUCGGGUUUCAUUCCAGCCUCUUUGGAGAUGCUUCUUUACAAAUAUGGUGGGAAAGGUUCCAUGCGUUAUGUUUUCAUCCAUGGAAACCAUGAAAUUGGCCCUCCCUCGGACCAGGUGACUGUGGAAGCAAAUAUUGUGGUUUUCACUGGGCUAGGCAACAUCAAUGGAGAUUGUACUCAGGUUGAUGGGCAACCCAAUAAGUUUAUUCCCGCUCGGGAAUUUACUGAGCGGCUUCUGACAAAUGUUUCUAUUCCCACCAUUAUCAUGGGGGAGUUUUCUACCGAUCAAAUCGGUAUUUCGCCAAGACCACAGGAUGAUUAUCUUUACCUGACAGUGGUAGUAUAUGGCAGAAGUGACCGUCCACCUUGCAGUCUUGAUGACAGAGUCUAUCUUGCCAAAACAGUACGGGGCUUUGUGCCGUACUUUGUUCAGUCAAUGUCCAUCAGGAGCGACAAUUAUCUCCCAGGCGACGCACAAACUUUGUGCAGAGAACUCACCAACUACCUCAAGCUGAAAGCAGAUAACAAGGAGUUCAACGAUUUUAUUGAAUUACAUCGAAAACGCUAUUUCCGCAAUUCUUCGGUGCAAAAAGAGGCUAUUCUCGAAUCAUGCUUGCUUCACAUUCUCAAGAUGCCUUUUGACCUGAGUUCUUCUAUUAUACAUGGCUUGAUAAGGCAAUGA